CUAAAUUUCAAGGUUUGCUGGAACCCCCACCCCGCAUAAGUGAUUUUGCCGGUACUUUUUGCUAAACCCUGAGAAUACAACGCUGAAGCAUCCUGUACAAGAAUUACCACAAACGGAGCAUAAAGAUGGCGACGGGGUUAAGACUUGUAACGGAGAGAGUCGGCGACGGCGCCGGACAACCAGUCCUCGACACCGACAACGGGGAGGAACUCGUGCACGUCCAAUCUGGCGUCUCGAUCGUCAUCGGAAACCGCCCGCCUGAAUCCCCUGGAACUCUCUACAUCUCCACCAAGCAAGUGGUGUGGUUAAGUGAUACUGACAGAGGUAGGGGUUAUGCGGUGGGUUUCUUAGCGGUGUCGCUUCACGCCGUUUCUCGAGACCCAGAAGCUUAUCCAUCUCCUUGUAUUUACACUCAGAUUGAGAAUGGUGUUGAGGAGGAUGAAUCAGAGGAUUCUGAUGCUGAGAGCAAUGAGACAUUAGAUUUGUCAAAGGUUACUGAGAUGAGACUAGUGCCAUCAGAUCCUGAUCAAUUGGAUACUCUGUUCGAGAUUUUCUGUGAAUGUGCUGAGCUUAAUCCUGAACCAGUUGAUGAGGAUGAAGGAGAGCAUAAUUGGGUAUUCAGUGCAGAUCAACUAGAAACUGGGGGUGCAGAUGUUGAGGAGUCUGAAUAUCCCUUGCAUUCAAUUGGUUGUUCUAAUGGGGAUCCUGACUUAGCGCAUACAGUGCUUCAGCUUCAAAUAAAUGAUCAGCGGUUUGAGGAUGCAGAAGAGAUGGAGAGUGAUGAUAACAAAGGCCAUAACUGAGCUCUCAUUCGCUUCUUUGUUUUAUGUUGAAAUCUGUUAUUUACAUCUGCUACCUUAUCUCUGUUCAAAGAUGCGUGGAUAGUGUUGUAUACUGCUUAAGUAGGGACAAUUAGGCCUUCGGGAUUUUCAAGAUGACUGACUUUGAGAUCUUAAUCUCAUGCAUUUGUUUGUGGUUUUACCUAUGGCUUCCAAACUUUAAGAUGUAUCUCUAGUUGAACUGUAAUUUCACCCUGAACUUCUGUUUGCAUUUUUUCCGACUAAGUGGUGAAUUCUUCAUCA